AUGGGGCAGCACUUCCUCUUCCACCGCGACCUCGUGGCGGCCACGGCCGUGCACCACGCAGCAACCGCUCGUCUCUCCAACGACGUCCAGGCCGACCUCGUGCUCCUGGGGCCGCAGUGGCUGCGCCUGUACCGCGUCGAGCCGCUGCCGGCCCCGCGCGACGCGCUCGACGGUGCCCCCAAAGGCCACGUGCUGCACCUCCUCGCGUCGUUCCCCGUGGCCGGCGUCGCCGAGAGCGUCCACGUGCUCCGGUUCGACCGCGCGCUGCUGAAGAAGAAGCACCGGUUCGUCGGUGGCGACGACGUGCUGCUGCUCACGUUCCCCCCCUUCAAGUGGGUGCUCGUGGGCUACGACCGGCGGCUGCGGACCCUCGCAACGCUCGCAAUGUUUGCGUUCGAAGCAGACGCGAUUGGCCCGGGCGCGACGCUCAAGGGCGAGAAACACGGACGCGACCAGCUGCUGGGACUCGGCACGCGCGCCACGGCGCGCGUGGACCCGCAAGCGCGCUGCGGCGCCAUGCUCGUGUACUCGGACCAGCUGGUGAUCGUGCCGUUUCGCACCGAGUCCAUGGAGCUCUCGUUUUUUGAAGAAGACGACGACGACGAGCAGCUGGACGAGCGUGCACAGGGGCGUGGCGCGGACGCAAAGAUGGACUCGGACAAUGACGACGACGACGACGACGACGAAGAGGAGCAGAAGCUGCAAGAGAUUGUGAAUGAAAGCCGGCAGCAAGGAGUGACGAGCGACAUGAGCUCGACGCUGCAAGCGCUGCUGGACAAGAGCGUCAAAGUGGGCACGAAGCGCAAGCGCAAGCACUUGAGCGGCCUCAUGCCGAACGAGAUUACUGGACGGGAGUUUCUAUUGCGUCUACGCGAGUUGGAAAUCACGGGAAAAGUCAUUGACCUCGCGUUUCUCGAUGGGUACUUGGAACCGACGCUCAUGGUGCUGCACGAAGAGAAUGAGAGGAACUCGACGUAUGGACGUCUGGCCGUCGGAUUCGACACGUACUGCCUCACCGUGAUGUCGAUCAAUAUGAACACAAGACUGCACCCAAAGAUCUGGACGGUGAAAAAUCUUCCGUCGGACUGCUUCCGCUUGAUUCCGUGUCGUGCACCGCUUGGUGGCGUGGUGGUCUUAUCAGCGAAUGCUUUCCUGUAUUACAACCAAACACAGUUCCAUGGCCUGGCCACGAAUGUGUUUGCGAGCAAAACGGUGAACCAGUCGGUUUUUCCACUCUGCGACGCUGUGUACGAAACACCAGACCACGACACUGCACAGCUGAACAUUGUACUCUAUGAUUGUCAGUACGAGUACUUGCGCGAAAAAGAACUGCUGCUAAAUCUGCCGAAUGGGGAAGUAUAUGUGCUGACGUUACCGUACGAAGAGACACAAAGCCGCGGUCUAUACGGCUUUGGUAGCGUAUCUUCUAGUCGGAAGGCGUCACUGUCGCUGCGAAAGCUCCAGUCUAACAUCGUAGCGAGUUGUUUGUGUAUCGACGAGGAGAAAAAUACGUUGUUUGUGGGCUCAAGGUCUGGUGACUCGGUGCUAUACUCUUUGGACAAAAAGAAGCUGGCCGAUGCUGAAGGUGAAGGGCAAGAGCAGCAAGGAGACGAAGAAACACCGAUGCAGGAAGACGGAGUACAAAAAAACGUGACGCCAGAGGAUGAGCGUGAGGUAGCUGAAGAAGAGGAGGAAGAUGACGACGACCUGUUCUUGUACGGAGCAGCUCCAUCGAAGGAACCUCCAAUAGCAGUAACGGACUCAACCGAGACCAGAAACGAAGCAAACGGACCUCACAUGAAGAACGGGCCUAACAGUACUUCCACGAUCCAAGACAGUGGUCCGUACGAGUAUGAGCUCCGACAAGUUGAUGUUCUGCCAGGUAUCGGGCAGAUCACCUCAAUCGAGUUGGGUGUUGCAAGUAACGGAGACUCAAAUGAAAAGCGGGAGGAGCUUGUGAUAAGUGGUGGUUAUGAGCGCAGUGGCAGUAUCUCCGUGCUGCACAACGGUUUGCGGCCAAUUGUUGGUACUGAGGCAGAGCUGAGCGGUUGUCGAGCAAUGUGGACAGUAUCGUCUUCUCUGCCUUCUGCAACUACUAGCCUUGACGGACGUAGCUAUAGCGCAUACCUCAUCUUGAGCGUCGCUCAUCGAACGAUGGUGCUUCGAACAGGUGAAGGCAUGGAGCCUCUAGAGGACGACAGUGGCUUUUACACCUCCGGCCCAACGCUCGCGGCGGCAAAUUUGUUCGGCAAGCAGCGCAUUGUUCAGAUAUUCAAGCAGGGCGCACGCGUGAUGAUGGAAGUGGCUGAAGAAGAAGGAGAGCCAACGGGCCAAGAAAAAGCUGCGAGUGAUGGGGAAGAUGAAGAUGAUGGCCCGAGUGUCAAGCUUGUAUGCACGCAGGAGAUCACCUUGGAAGGCGAUAUCGAAUGUGGAGGGAUGAAUGUCGACACGUCUAGCGUAGGAAUCGUGUCUGUGGAUGUUGUUGACCCGUACAUUCUUUUACUGUUGACCGACGGCUCAGUUCGGCUACUGGUGGGUGACGAAGAAGACAUGGAGCUGACGGUGAUUGAUCCAGAGAUCGAUUAUUUUGAUGGUACGGACGCAAAUGGAGCCGCAGAUACGUCUAAGCAUGGAAGCAGCUCCGCGUGUCUCUUUUACGAUUGGGCUGGCAUGUUCCGCGACGAUGUGUGGAGCGAAAGCGAUGGCGAAGAGAGGGACGUUUCGGCUGCAAGUGAAACGAAAAAAGAGAAGCGAGAUGAAGAAGAUGACAUGGACGCGUUGUAUAGUACCAAACUAAGCCCAAGAGUAACCACGGCUGACCGUACUAGCAAGGCGAAUAUGGUGCUGGGUCAAGGGUGGCAGUCGAACAUUGACGGGUCCGUCUCGAUACCGCUGCUGAAGCAGAAGGAUGCGAAGAUGAUGUGUGGCAUGUGCUUUGGUGAUGGUUCUCUACGUGUUUUCUCCCUCCCGCAUUUCGAGAAGAGGGGCGUGUUCCCGUACCUCACCUUUGCGCCACAGUCCUUAGUGAACACGCUAGGACGCUACCGAGACAGCGGUGACAAAACAACAAAGUUCACUGCUCCAGCUCUUGGUCUGAACGCGUCGACAUCGAUAGCAAACGAUGGCCGUAUCAAGAAGUCGCACACCAUUCAUUCACCGGUGGCUGACAUCAUCAUUCACCGAGUUGGUCCAAGCGAAGGCCAGCACAAUGCCCAGUACUUAUCUCAAAUGGUGAUGCUCGUGUUUCUAGCGAACGGCGACUUGCUCACGUAUGUCGCGAUACCCAAAUAUGAGAGUAUAAAGCGACAAGUCGACAAUGAAGAAGCUGUCCCCGUGUAUAGCUUCGUUCGCGCGGAAACCGAUAUCAUCACGCGACCCUUCCUUCCUCCACGGUCUCGCACCAAUGCUCACAACGAUCCCGGUAAUAACUCGGAGGUCAACGUUAGCUCAGUGCUAGCUAAACUUCGCGCUGGUUUCCGGUAUCCUAUGCUGACCAGCUUUGCAAAUGUCAACAAUAUGAGUGGCGCCUUUUUUCGAGGAGCUCAUCCGAUGUGGAUCUUGGGUGACCGCGGCCAACCAACAUUCGUCCCGAUGUGUGUUGCUGGAUCGACGCCCCCGAUUCCACGCGCAAAUGGUGCAAACAAGAAUCCGGCGCCUCGAGUAAGCGUGCCAGUUUUGAGCAUUACUCCAUUUCACCAUUGGAAUUGCCCCAAUGGGUUCAUUUACUUUCAUUCACGUGGUGCGUUGCGCGUAUGUGAACUCCCCUCGAGUAAGACGUCAACAAUUCUUCCAUCGAGCGGUGGGUUUGUGCUACAAAAGGCAGAGUUUGGGGUCACCUUGCAUCACAUGUUGUACCUGGGCAACCAUGGUCCCGGGGGUGUCGCAGAGGCUCUAAUGACGCCCACAUACGCCGUUGUCUGCAGUACGAAAAGGAAGCCGGCCGAUGCAAAGCUCGCAACGGAAGUUUUCGAAGGUGCAGAGGAAGAGCAAGAGCCUGAAAAUCUGGAUGCAAAUGGAAAUCCUGUCGCAAGCAACGUGAUGGCACCAACAGCAGAGAUGUUUCCUGAUUAUGAGAUCGACGGGAUGCCGCAUACGGAGGAGGAUGUGUACGAGCUUCGUUUGGUCCAGACGAACGAGUUUGGUGAAUGGGGACGCAGUGGAGUGUUCCGUGUGUACUUCGAGCGGUAUGAGGUUGUGCUGAGCGUAACGCUUAUGUACCUGUAUGACUCGUCGUUGAUGAAAGAAGAAUUGUCUUCGACAUCACUCGAAUGGAACAAGAGAAAGCGACCGUACAUCGUGAUUGGCACGGGCUGGGUUGGCCCGCACGGUGAAGACGAAAGUGGGCGCGGUCGGUUGCUACUUUAUGAGCUGGAUUACGCUCAGUACGUCAAUGAAGAAGGCGGUACUACGAGUAGAAAGCUACCAAAGUUGCGGCUCGUGUUCAUAAAGGAACACCGGCAGGGAGCAAUCUCAAUGGUGACGCAGCUUGGACCGUAUGUGUUGGCUGCCGUUGGGUCAAAACUUAUCGUGUACGAGUUCAAGUCGGAGCAACUUGUGGGCUGUGCGUUCUACGACGCACAAAUGUUUAUCGUGACGCUCAAUGUCGUGAAGGACUUCAUAAUGUAUGGUGAUGUCUACAAGAGCGUGCAUUUCUUGCGGUGGAGGGAGGACCAACGCCAGCUGAUGCUACUGGCGAAGGACUAUGAGCCGCUGGCUAUUUCUGCUACCGAAUUUAGCAUAUUUGAGAAGAAAUUAGCGCUACUGGCGGUGGACAUGGACGACAAUUUGCACGUUAUGCAGUUUGCUCCCCGAGAUAUUGAGUCCCGUGGUGGCCAGCGACUUUUACGUGUCAGUGACUUCCACUUGGGCGUGCAGGUUGCAAGCAUGUUCCGCAAACGGGUCGAUGGCACCAGCGCCGUUGUGCCUGCUACGAGAGGUCGAACGGCCGCACCGCCUUCCUGCUACGUCAAUAUCAUGGGUACCUCAGAGGGUGGAGUCGGUGCGUUGGUUCCUGUAAGUGAACGAGCCUUCCGCCGUCUCUUUACGCUGCAGAACGUGAUGGUCAACACGCUGCCGCAAAACUGUGCAUUGAACCCACGCGAGUUUCGCAUGCUCAAGACCAACACGCAGCGACGAUGUGGAAGACCCGAUGCAUGGAGCAAGCGAAAGUGGAAGAAGAGCUUUUUGGACGCAUUCGUGCUAUUUCGUUUCUUAGCGCUCGACUACGUGGCCCAAAAGGAGCUGGCUCGGUGCAUUGGCACCACACCCGAGGAUGUCAUACACAACUUGCUCGAAGUGCAGCAGGCGACAGCGACUUUUUUGUAA